AUGGAGUUCGCUGUAAACGGAAUGUCAUCCAUUCUACUGCUAUUGGCAGUUUUUCCUCUCCUGGGAUCAACCCAAUUCCUUGAUCCGGAAUGUGGUAUCCGGUCUUUGUUGCAGGUUGUACCUCGUGUACUUAACGGCAAAGUGGCGGAUAGAAACUCUAGUCCUUGGAUGGCUUUUUUGUACACUUCAAGUAAUCAAUUCCUUUGCGGCGGAAGUCUCAUAUCUAACAGACUGGUACUAACUGCAGCUAACUGUAUUAUUCCGAAUACUACAAUCAUUGUUGGUCUGGGCGCGUUUAAUAGAAAGCUAAAAGGAUAUAUAGAGGAGCAUCAAGUGGAGAGGAUCUUUCUGCCCCGCUUUUACGAUCCAAACACGCAUGUCCAUGAUAUAGCCAUCAUAGAGCUGGUGGACAAUGUAGUUUAUAAAGCCAACAUCAGGCCUCUUUGCAUUAUAUUGGAUCCGACGUGGAAACAGCUUAUCGAUAGCAUGACACUGUUAACUGGUACAGGAUGGGGAAGAACUGAGUCGAUGCCCUCCAGCAAUGAGCUCAGGAUACUUAACAUUUUGCGUCAGCCAUCAACAAAGUGCGUUUUCGGCGUCUUGAGCAAUCAGUUUUGUGCCGGAAAUCGGAAUAGCAGUUUUUGCAUCGGCGAUACUGGUGGUCCUGUGGGAGUAAUGGUUAGAUAUAAAAAAGUCAAACGCUUUAUUCAAGUCGGUAUCGUCAUCACUAACAAAAGGUGCCUCACGCCAAGUGCAUUCACUGAUGUCAUAGGUCAUAUCAACUUUAUCCGUCGAGUACUUUUGAUCCACAAAGGCAACAAUAUGAUCCAGCCAACCCCAAAGCCAGAUACAGAGCUUGAGUUCGAUUGGAACAGUGUUAUGCCUAUACACUGGUAG